CAGAACGAGCGCUGCCCAGAGCCAGGAGCGACCCGCCUGCAGCCAUGGAGAGCGGUAUGCAGCUCCUGAACCGGGACGGCCACAGCAUCUCCCACAACUCCAAGCGGCACUACCACGAUGCGUUUGUCUGCAUGAACCGCAUGCGGCAGCGGGGUUUGCUGUGUGACAUCGUGCUGCACGUGGCCACCAAGGAGAUCAAGGCUCACAAAGUGGUUCUGGCGUCCUGCAGCCCCUACUUCCACGCCAUGUUCACAAAUGAAAUGAGUGAAAGCCGGCAGACCCACGUGACGCUGCAUGACAUCGACCCGCAGGCACUGGAGCAGUUAGUCCAAUAUGCCUACACUGCCGAGAUUGUGGUGGGAGAAGGAAACGUGCAGACCCUGCUCCCUGCUGCCAGCCUCCUGCAACUGAACGGGGUACGGGAUGCCUGCUGCAAGUUCCUUCUAAGCCAGCUGGAUCCGUCAAACUGCUUGGGCAUCCGGGGCUUUGCAGACACGCAUUCCUGCAGCGAUCUGUUGAAAUCGGCCCACAAGUAUGUCUUGCAGCACUUUGUGGAUGUCUCCAAGACAGAAGAGUUCAUGCUCCUGCCACUCAAACAGGUGCUGGACCUCAUCUCCAGUGACAGCCUGAAUGUGCCCUCGGAAGAAGAAGUCUACAGGGCUGUCUUGAGCUGGGUCAAACAUGAUGUUGACAGUAGGAGGCAGCAUAUCCCCAGGCUCAUGAAGUGUGUCCGACUGCCCCUCCUAAGCCGUGACUUCUUGAUGAGCAACGUUGACACGGAACUUCUUGUGAGGCACCAUUCAGAGUGCAAGGACCUUCUUAUCGAGGCCCUCAAGUAUCACCUCAUGCCAGAGCAGAGAGGGGUCCUAAGUAACAGCAGGACCCGACCCCGGCGCUGUGAGGGGGCCAGCACUGUGCUCUUCGCUGUGGGUGGAGGAAGCCUCUUUGCCAUCCACGGUGAUCAUGCGGCUCAUCUGACAGACCGGGCUGGCAUAUGAAGUAGCUUCUAUGUCCAAUUCAUUGGCCAGGGGUGGGUUGCUGCCAUUGGGAACAAGCUAUAUGCCGUGGGCGGGUAUGAUGGAACCUCUGACUUGGCUACGGUGGAGUCGUAUGAUCCCGUCACCAACUCUUGGCAGACGGAGGUUUCCAUGGGAACCAGGCGGAGCUGUCUAGGUGUGGCAGCCUUACACGGGCUGCUCUAUGCAGCUGGGGGGUAUGAUGGAGCAUCCUGUCUCAACAGUGCUGAGAGAUAUGAUCCGCUAACAGGAACCUGGACCUCAAUCGCUGCUAUGAGCACUAGGAGGAGAUACGUGCGGGUGGCAACGUUAGAUGGCAACCUUUAUGCUGUUGGGGGCUAUGAUAGCUCGUCCCAUUUGGCCACUGUGGAGAAGUACGAGCCACAGAUAAACACGUGGACUCCGAUAGCUAACAUGCUGAGUCGUCGCAGCAGUGCCGGCGUGGCUGUGUUGGAAGGGAUGUUGUACGUGGCGGGUGGCAACGACGGGACCAGCUGCCUUAACUCGGUGGAGCGCUACAAUCCUAAAACCAACACGUGGGAAAGCGUGGCAUCUAUGAACAUCCGAAGGAGCACCCACGACUUGGUGGCUAUGGACGGGUGGCUGUAUGCAGUAGGCGGCAACGACGGCAGCUCCAGCCUCAACUCCAUCGAGAAAUACAACCCGCGCACCAACAAGUGGGUGGCAGCGUCGUGUAUGUUCACCCGGCGGAGCAGUGUGGGGGUAGCCGUGCUGGAGCUUCUCAACUUCCCACCUCCUUCUUCGCCCACCCUGUCGGUGUCCUCGACGAGUCUUUGACAAAGAGUCCGGUCACGCCUCACCACGAGGGGACUGCAGCAUCUGUCGGAGCGCAAAGCCGGCUUGGCCUGACCCCUGUGGCAGCCACUCCCUGUGAAGGAAGGGAUGGAGGGCUUCGGUGCCACGCUCAAGAUCUUUCUAGUCCUAAGUCCUGAAAGGAGGUUGGUUUCUGGCUGUUGUGAUUCAGCUCCAUGAAGGGAUUUGGGCUGCACUUCCUUAAAACGAGAGCCCUUUCAGCAAACGAAGACCGCGGCUGCCUGGCUUUCUCCAUCUACUCCAUCAUAGCUCGACUUAAUUUUUAUCUGGUAUCUCAGGCCAGUCUCAGUUAUGAUCUCCUGUUUCCACAAUUGGAUAUGACCUCUGAUUCCACCUCACGCAGUGGAGCUUUUUAAAAAAACAACAACACAAAGAUGCAGGAAGGAAACAAACCCAGGAGAGAGAUUUUGUGCAGGCUCUAUCAACAGCUGAAUGUAAGCUGCGAAUGUCACACAAUUAGCCAAAACUUCUUACUAAGCCUAUAGCUCACUGUUAAAAGACUACGGAGGCAAUGCCUCUCUUGCUGGUGUCUAUCGAAAGGGAUGCCUUAAAACAAAACAAACAGGGCUGGAGGGACAGAAUGAUAACUUUGCAAGACCUCUCACGUUCUCCGUGGUCCCUCAUCCUCUCAACCUGGUUUGCGUGCCACCUGUUCUGACACUCCUCAGCCCUCUUUGGGGGCAUGGUUUUGGGGGCGUCUGCCAGUGUUCUGGCUCCUUUAUUUCACUUUUGUUUUUGUUUUUCUCUUUGGAAAGAAACCAGUCUAUGCUUUUGAUGGCUGUUUCUUCCAAGACGGCUCCAAGUUCCUCCUUCAAGGAUCGUAGAUACUUAACCAAGUGGAGCAGAACUGAGAAAGAUUGCCCAUUUGCUGUUAGUUCCUCUUUACCCUUUUUGUUCCUGCAGGCAGUUUAUAAUUCUUUACAAACCUUUUAUUUAUUUUUGUUGGAGUUUCAGACAAAUCUGUAUUCCCAGGUCCUGCUCUUCACACUCCCCCUUUCUUCUAUUUAAGAAUGAGGUUUGUGGAAAGAGAGAAAAAGGCGAACGAAGCACUUUCCAAACCGUGUAUACAUAUUUUUGCCAGCUAAUUCAAUCCACAUGAAAAAAAGGGAAUCUUGGACAAAAGCACCAUUGAAAUGAAUGGGGGUUGCACAGAAAUCUAGCAUUCCCUCUGAAACGAACGAGGGUUGUGUAGUUAACCCUCUUGAGCCAUUUUCCUUUCAAAGUGGCAUUCUGUUCCUGCUCAUUUCAAGAGAACCGCCCUGUUUUCUGCAUAACUAAUUUCACUUUGGUUGUAUUUUCAUAGGAGGACCAUCACUGGUAUAAUUGACUUGGAAGGAUUUUCUUUGGAGAAGCAUGCGUGUGUGUGUGUGUAUGGGAGAGAGAGAGAGAGAGAGCGCGUGUGAAAAUGUCAUAUGCAUUUCAGAAGAACCUGCACUGAAGGGACGGUCUGAUAUUGGGCCAAGGUCCCUCAUGUUGAUGCACCACUUGAACAUAACGAACGAUACACAGUUGAGUUUGUACUGUGAACCCAGCCGCUCCAUUGCCCAAGACCCACCUGCGCCAUGAAAAACCUCUCUCAAGAGGGGAAGAACGGGGCUCCUUAAAGACAUUGUUUCACUACAUUACGCACAGUAUGCAACUUAUGUACCGUCAAGCAGCUUUGGGACGGGGGUCGGGUUGGGCCUUCAAGACAAGCCAUCUUAAGUUCAGCCACAUCCACUGCGAUGGAUCAAGCUCUUGUACCUCAAGUAGCCUUGGAUGCUAUUCUUUGGACUCUUUAUCCAGUUCUCUGAUCUGCUCUUUGAAGUCUUUCUCCCCAUUCAUCUCUCCCCCCCCCCCCCAUCAAUUCAGUUCCACUUGUGGCAAUAACAGGCUUCUCUUUGCAAAAAAAAACAAAACACCCCAAACAUCCCCUAGUUUGUAUAUGAUCAGCCAGGGUUUGUUUUUUGUUUUGUUUUGCAUGACGAGUGUUUACAUCAAGGAUGUCACUCCUAGUUAAGCUGUCAGGUUUAUCUUCAGCUACUUGAGAUGGGUUCAAAAUUUCAUAGACUGCUGGUUUCCUGUGCAGGACAGCAAGCCAGGGGCGGGGGGUGGUGGUCCUGGCCAGAAUGGAGGCUUCCUUAGCCUGGGUGAUAAUGAUGGCAGGAAAGACUAUGCAGAUGACAAAACCUGGGCAACUCUUUUUCCAUCCAGGCACGGAACUUGCUUGGAGCUGUGUUGAUUUCAGGCACUGCUUCGUUGCACCUCAAAUGGUUUUCAAAAUUAGUCCAUUUCUAUUGAGCCUUUAAAAAAAAAACCCCUUCUUUGAUGUAUGUAGCUGUCAUUAAAUGCUCCUAACCCAUUGGUAGAUGAACGAGGUACAGAGUUUGGGAGAAGAGUGCGCAUCAGGUACUUUUUAUCAGCGGGAGCGCUUGAAAGAAGAACCCCGCCGCUGGCAAGCUUUGCCACUUUUGUCUGCCACAAUACCAGGGGUCUGCAACCUGCGGCUCUCCAGAUGUUCAUGGACUACAAUUCCCAUGGGAAUUGGCCAUGCUGGCAGGGGCUGAUGGGAUUGCAGUCCAUGAACAUCUGGAGAGCCGCAGGUUGCAGGCCCCUGUUAGACGUAUGGAGUUGAUUUUUCAAUCAGUGCCUUCAGUUGCUUUUUGUCAUUUGUGGUUACAGGAUAGGUAAAACCACAUGAUCACAGCCCAUCUGGAAUUUUUCCCCCUUCUUGUUGACUGCUUAUUUCCAAUUAUCCUUUGUGCACCUGUGAUGUCCCAUAGCGAAAGAAAUUGCUGGUGAUUCCAGCAGGCAGCUUCCAGUCGAGGAGUUAUCCAUUUUGCCAAUAAUACUAAUAAUGGAGGAAUCAAUCCCCAAGCCAUCCUAUUAACGUGCCAUGUUAUGUUGAAAGCAGAAAGGAUGCUUUGGUUCCUAUGGUUGUGGGAGGGCUGAGACCCAUCUUCUUGUCAUGGGUUUUAACAGCAGCCCCAAACAUUUUGAAGCGGGCACUGACUGACCCCGGAAGCAGUGGAAGGAAAUGAAGAUAACCGAGAUCGAUGACCUGGAGGAGGAUGAACUGGGGUAAAAUGUACUGUUAUUGCCAGCCAGAAAGAAAAAAAGCCAUCCGUGGUCUCUCCGUGUCUGUGCAUUCUUUUCUUUUGCCUUUUCUUAAUUCAAGCCACGCUAGCUCCAGUGUCUAAUCUUAAACAUGACUUUGAAGUGCUUUUCAUCUGGAAUCUGUUACUGUCUAGCACAGGCUUGCUGCCUUUGGGAAUAUUUCUUUAACCAGAGCUGAGCAUGUAUUUGUCCAAAGACUGUAGCAAAGAUGGAAGAGGAGGAAUCGGUGAUCCAGAUUCUCUUUCUCUUUCUCCCCCUUUCUCUUUCACGUACUACAGGAAAUACAAGCUCUGGCUUCGCCGUGGUGCAAACCCCAGUCCGCUUACCCCCUGUCGGAACAGCCUUCUUUAAUUUAUUUGUAAUGUGUCUCAGAUUUAUUUAUGUGCAUUUCAAUCUUGUUUCUGAAUUUUUGCACUAUGACGGGGGUGGGCUGGGGAUACGAGCAAUACAAGCCAGUGUGUAAAAUAAAUUUUUUUCUUGAAUACUCCA